AUGGUGAUAACAAAGACCGCGAUCAUCAGUUUCUUCAUGCUCGUGACUGUUUCUCUCUUCGUAGGAUGCGUGGGAACAACGCACAAGAUCGAGGGAUGGGCACCGGGUGUCGACUAUUACACAUGGGUCACGUCAAGACACUUCCAAGUGGGUGACUCUCUCGUCUUCGAGUACAACAAGGAUUUCCAUUACGUGACAGAAGUUGCGAGUCCUUUAGCUUUCGAGUUCUGCGACCUCUCUUCCACCAUAGCAAGAUACAAAACCGGUUACGACGUGGUUAACCUCACACGUCCUGGUCGUUACUACUUCGUCUGCGGAGCUCCUGGUCACUGUCAAGCCGGACAGAGAUUUGACAUCCUAGUCACGUCUCCCCGAGUCGUGGAGAAGUCACCUUCUUCCUUCUCUCCUUCACCCUCCGCUCCUCUGCACAGCGCUGCCUCAAGCUCUCUAUUUUCUCGGCUCGGCCUCAUCUUUCUUUUCUUGGUUCUGUUACCAUUAUUUCUUGUUUGA